UAAUCGAUGACCACCCCAUUAAGCAUCACUGUUCCAGAAGCAGCUUCAAGUGUCGACACGAUCCAGUUCAAAAUAGUACUCGGGGAGGAGGACAGUGCAGAAUAUCUACAAAAACAUAAUCUCUCAUCUGGAGUAUGCUUUCGCUCAUUUCAGCAGAUAGCGUGGCUUCACGAGCAACUUUUAGCCAGCUUUCCAGACCUGCUGGUACCGCCCUUCCCAGAUCCUCCGCUCUCGAGCCAAAUUGAAGACCAAGAUAUUGUAGAGCGAAAAAGAAUUCAAAUUGGCCGAUUCUUGGAAAAGCUAGGAAUGCGAUCAGAGUUUAAUGAAUCACCAUCUUUCGUUCACUUUCUGUCGCAUGAUAUGACCGAGACAGAGAUAGGGAAUCGGAACAAAAAUGCUUUACUCGCUUUUCUUCGCUUUAAUAAGGCGAAGCGACCAAACACUGAGUUAGCGUUCAAGCAAUUUAAAACCAAUGAAACGGUUCAGGAUAGCAAUAUGGACGCGCACCAUCGACAGCAGGUUCAUAUUUUAAUGCAAGAGACAUUUCUCUCCAAUCUUUUGGAUAACAUGGAAGACACUAUACGAGAAAGAGAAGCUUUGUCAAAUUAUAUGACGCACAUGGGUGAUUUGGCUAUCGAAGCCACUCAAAGUAAAAACAUGCUGGGACCUGGCGUGAAGUAUGAUAAUAAGGAGCGACAACGUUCAUUAGACCAGAGAUUGCAAAUCUUUGGACUUCUAAUGGAUGAAUUAUGUUUUAUCAACAACCGUCAAGAGAUUUCUGACCUUGUUCAUUUGGGAGAUGUUAUUGCUGAAUACAAGAACACAACUGACCCACUGAAGGCGGUUGUAAAUAUGCGAACGGAUCGUUUAGUGGAGUACGUGCAAGCUAUCAAAUUGAGAAAUAAGAAGAGAGAUAAGGCGGACAAGUUGAGAGUUAAGAUGCCACAACAUACCCCGGAAGUGCAAGUGGCGAUGCAGGAAGAAGAAAAGGCUAAGGAAGAUGUAGAAAUCCAUCGAGUUUCCUAUUUGAAAGCUGACAGCAUUGUCAACCGGGAGAUUAGUCUGUUUGAAGAGUACAUGAACACUGAUUUAAGCUCGUCUAUCAAGGCAUAUGUGGCAUCAAACAUUGCUCAAGAGCGAAGGAAACUGCACAGCAUGGAAAAAGCAUUUCAAAAGAUAAAGGAUGGAUAUGCGCGAAAGUGUUCCUUAACUGACCUGGAAGGUGACGAUGAACGAGCUGAAAAUGACCAGGAAGAAGAAGGAAGGCGACGAAGGAUGCAGUAUCGACAACAACAAGACGCUUCCACCACGCUUAGAACGUCUUCCUCUCUACCAUCUUUGAACAAGGGAGGAAAGUCAAGGCGGUCAAUGUACGCAGAAGACCCGAUUGAAGAAGAAGACUAUGGUAGCACUACAAGGACGGGAUCCUUUGACGAGCGGACCAGUGUCUGGACCAUGAAUGUCCCUGGUCGGACAGGACGAACAACGGUUCCUUUUGAAGGACAAGCAUUGUAAUACUCGUUUUACAUUAUAUCCCAGCAUCAACUUCUUUUAACCAACCAUCCCCAAAUACAGUCAGACAAUGACGCUAUGAAAAAAAAAAAGAUUCAAUAUCAGCAGCUUUUUGAGCGAUAAUCCGUUAUU